AUAGAUUCGCUCCAGAAAUUGCUCCGGGUCCGGACAAUUCCGCGAGGCAAUCAUGUAGCUGCAGAGAUACUGUCGCCAAUGGUGGAACCUUCUUAACAGAUUCAGAAAAUUCUGCGCGUAGCAGCUCGAUAGGAUCAAAGUUUUCAUCCCUGGAGACGCUCUUGUAAGAGCUACAAAAGUCAAUGAUACCUCUCACGGAAGGCACAUAAUAUUCUCGAAAUGACGGAUGGCCCGAGCCCUGGCGAAGCAAUUCACAAUGUGACCGAAAAUCCACCAAACUCGACCACUGUACCGGAUGGAGAUUCGGCCUCAUUUCAUCUGUGUCUGCACAAAAGAGCUCGACACCUCUAACCUGAAUCGUUUGCCGGACGUCGACAACAGUGAGAACCGUCAUGUUAUGAAGCAGCUGGCAAAUAAGACACUUCAUGGAAAGCGCAUCGUUACUGCCAUCGGUGCUCGUUAAUAAAACUUCGGAUACUCUGUCUGUUCAUUUGAAAUAAAGAGAAAGCAAUUCAGAGCAUUGCACUCCAAGUCAAGUAAAAGAGCAACGAGAAGAGAUAGAGCGAUGAAAGCUUCCGUCGAAUUCACCACGAGAGGCACACAUCCCCUAGGACGAAAAUGUCACCCGCGAGCUCUGCUAUGCCAUGUCAAAACGUAUAUGGUGGCCUAAGACGCAACAUCUUGCCUCCUGUUUCGUCCUGUUUCUUUAAUCUGUUGCGUAUUUCACUUCAGGGACCAAUCUUUCCCCUCCAUAUUGUGGUGAAGGUGGUGAGGCAUCGAAUUCAGAAGACAAUUUUCCUUGUCGGUGCAUUAAGGCUAUUAAAGACUUGCACCAAAUGCAUCUCGGACAUUGAAGGUCGCGAGGAACCACCAGAUCCUCAAACUUUAAGUGCAAAGAAGAAGACUGGACCUUCUUCGAUCAAUAACAACAUGUCGAUGUAAAUGUCCGACAAAGGUUACUCGCAUCGCAAUGAUUUUAUUUCUGAAUUAUUACGUUUCAUGGUUGUUCUUCGUAAGAAAGGCUAUGCUUUUGAGUUAAACUUCCUUUUCCUUUACGUAAAGAUCCGAGCUUUAGACAACCGAUAUAGUUCAAGCCAAGUAAGUGUCACCAGAAACGCACCUGCAACGCUUGCAUGUCUGUUAUGAUUUUGCACCAAAAGCAGAAAACCUCUUGAAAGAUGUAGCUGUGAUGAUCACUUUUCGGCAAAGAGGGAAGGGGAUCAAGGACCGAGUGACUCAACAGAAGCCACCUCUGAUCUCUUUCCUCCAUCUUCGGGAUUACGCUCG